UUGCGGUCACACUCGACAACAAUCCAACCAAUCUCCCGUAACUGCCCGACCGUAAAAAGUGCAUUUAACCAAACCCAAUCAGCGACCAAAAUACCAGCCAUGGCCCAGGAGGAGCUGCUAACCUAUCGCCGCUGCAUUGGCCAGCAGCUGGAGGAGCUGGACUUGCUGAGCUCCAUUUACUGUGCUCCCGGGGAGCUGCAGAUGCUCGAUGCCGGGGUCGUGGCCGAUUUCAAUGAGUUCCUUCAAGAGGAUAAGGACAGGCCCCCCGCUGAUCUAAGGUCGCAUCUGGAGUACCUAGUGAAACUAAGUUUGCCCGCCAAGCAAAGCGUGGAAGUCCGAGUGGAACUACCCCAUCUAUAUCCGCUUUUGGAGCAGGCUAGGGUCAGUGUUCACAGUCCUUUGCUGGGAAAAUCCCGAGAACAGCGCCUAAAGACCGAUAUAGAACAAUAUCAGAGCGAAGAGCGGGUAGAGGAUGCAGAGCCGUAUAUUUUCCAGCUGCUAAGUUGGCUGCAGGAUCAGAUCGAGGAUUUAAUAAAACGCCCAGCCGAAGAGUUUGUGGAGCCGCCAGAAGCCCAAGAGCCCUUAACACCAGCGGCUGUCCAUCUCGAGCGCCUGUGGAUCUAUUCGCACCACAUAAAGUCUACAGCCAAGCGGCAGGAGUUGGUACGCCAGGCCCGUCAGUUGGAGCUGACUGGCUUCAGUCGACCCGGCAAACCCGGCAUCAUAUGCGUCGAGGGUGAACCGGAGAAUGUCCAGGAGUUCUGGCGCAGCAUUAAGGCUUUACGCUGGCAAAAGAUCAGCAUGGUGCGUACGGAGUCGCGACAGCGCAAGCGGGUAUUCCAGGAUUUCAGUGAACAGCUCUUUAACGCCGAGGAGGGAGUGAUGAACAUGGGACAGUUUAUACGAUUCCUUGAGGAGCAUGGCGUGGGCUACAUGAAGUCUGAAUUGUUUGGUUUAGCUUGAGGGGAAUGCGACUGGCUCUCUAAAAAUUUGAAUGUAAAUAAACUUUGUUAUUUGAUUUUAAAAAAA